AUGGCUGUACCUCCCUCCUCCCGUGUAGGGGACCUGUUGAUUUCAACACGCCGGGAUCCUAUCAACGAGAUUCUGAGAAAGCCAUCGCAGGCAUUGCUGCUUCAGAAUUGGCUGGGCGGAAACAGCGUAACCCGCCAGACGACCGGAACUAGCGGCAGCGCAUCUUUAUCCUUUGCCCGGGUAGUAGCACCCGGAGGCUGUGGGAACGGCGAGAAGCAUGGAGAGGAGAUGGAGCUGUUCUUGAGGAGAGUGCAGGAAGAUCCUACGGCGUUUGAGCACCUCAUCGACAAGCUUCGGAGCACGAUCCUUGCCAGGUCGCUGCAAAGCUCGCUAGUAACAGUAGCAAGAGCUUCGCCGCAGAUGAUAAAUGUCAAGGUGAAGAAGUGCCAGACCCGAGCAGUGUCGUUGUGA